CCGGUCGGUGGGCGGGGACGGGACGUGUUAUCUGUGCGACGGAGCCUGGAAACGGCGGCAGUGGCCGGGUGAGAUGCCGAAAGUGAAGCGGAGCCGCAAACCUCCCCCCGACGGCUGGGAGCUGAUCGAGCCCACCCUGGAUGAGCUGGAUCAGAAAAUGAGGGAGGCUGAGACAGAGCCACAUGAAGGAAAGAGGAAGGUAGAAUCACUAUGGCCCAUCUUCAGACUCCAUCAUCAGCGAACACGUUACAUAUUUGACCUAUUCUACAAGAGAAAGGCAAUUAGCAGAGAGCUUUAUGAUUAUUGCAUAAGGGAGGGAUACGCUGACAAGAAUCUAAUUGCCAAGUGGAAGAAGCAAGGCUAUGAAAACCUGUGUUGUCUUCGUUGUAUUCAAACCCGAGACACCAACUUUGGAACAAACUGCAUCUGCAGAGUUCCCAAAAGCAAGCUUGAAGUGGGGAGGAUUAUUGAGUGCACACACUGUGGAUGCAGAGGUUGCUCUGGUUAAUUUUUCUUUUUUGGAUGAAGUGGAUUUUAGUCUACAUACAAUCAAUUUUAUUUCUAAUCAAGAAUAUAUGGACCAUAGCAAGAUGUUCUGUAAAUGCUGUAGCUCGCUUCUAACAAACAUCCUUUUUGGAAUGGAGGGAAUUAAAACUUUUUUAAAACUAAAGUUUGUGAACACUGUAUAAACCAACAUGAACCCAACAUUGCAUACAGACUGGUUGGACAACAAGUUCCGCAGUCUGAAGCACCCUCUUACAAAAGGUAGGGCAGUUUGAUGUGAAUGUAAUGUAACAAUUGUACUUGUAUGUAAUUUAAGUUUGCAAGCAAUAAGUUACUUGCCCUGCAGCAGGUGAGUCACUUUGGUCUAUUUAGUUAUGUCAUACCAGUUACAUCUACAUUAGACUGUCCUAUUAUACAACUGUCCUUGAUAGUCCUCUGGAUUUUCAUUUGUCGAUAAUCCUUUUUGAAACUGCUUAUUGAACUGUACUGAAGCGUACUGCAAAAUAAAGUUCUUUUUGUUCACCUCCCUAACUGAGCUUCUGGAAAUAUUGGUGAACUUGAGUAUUAGAAUUUUCAAAUAAUUUUUAGGGCACAAAUUGAAUAUUUUCUUUUGUUUUGCUUGAAAUAGACUGUUGGAAUUGCAAGUCAAAUGUUAUACCAUGUGAAGCAACUAAAGCUGACCAAUAGGUUGCCAAUCCUAUUUAUUUUGUAUUUUAAUGAGAACUUUUGUCUGUUAUAUGCAGAAAAAUUCUUGAUGACCGUGGGUCUGUACUCAUAAAGGCGAAGGAUAGAAUUGGAUGGCUUUGGUAAUAAAGUGAAGAUUUUAGCC